AUGAGCAAAAAGUUAGUAGAAGGUGGCCACUCAAUCUCUCACGGCUGUGGAAGCUCUCUCUCCUCUUCCUCUUCCCCUUCCUUCACUUUCUGUCGUGCGCCAUCCAUCUUCGGUAAUCUCUUAGAUACGGGUGUCCAUCCCAUUCCUUCCUCCUCUUCUCCCCUUUUCUUCUUAUUAUUCUACCUAUUCCGCCUCGUCACUUUCUCUCUUAUUGCUGGGGGUAUUUCCUACUUUUCGGUUCCCUCUUUCCUAGCAUCCUUAACUCUUUCAAUAGAGCCUCAAGAUAAAAUCUGGGACAUCUGCAAAUAUUCCCGUAGUGGGAUAUUUCGCUGCCCCAUCGACCCUCUCGCCAUGGCGAUUCUGGUAAAUUCGCCCCAGAUUGCUUCGGCAUCUUUACUUAAUCCGUUACCGCCACUGUUCCGAUUGUACACAUGGCCUUUCCUUGCAAUCUACCCGGCUUUUUUUUCAAUUUACUUUCCCUCUGCUAGUUAUCAGAAGUAUCUGGGCAGCCAGGAGUGGACUGUCCUCUAUUUUGGUACUAUCUUGAGUAUUCAGGCGCUCAUUUGGUUAGGAUGUCAUUGGAGUAUUGGUUGGAAAGCCUGGAUCACCGGCAUCAAGGCUUCUAGAGUUGAAGAUGCGAAAUUGAUCAAGGUCAUUCCGGUAGAGAAUGCCGGAAGCCCGGAUAUUUGUGAAUUGACCCGCGACAGAAGCAGUGGAAGGGAAGAGAUAUCCUUCUUGUUUCAAAAACGUCGCUUUAUCUACUCUCCAGCAACUGGCUCGUUCUCUCCUCUGGUAUACCCUGUUGAUAUUGAGCCUAAACCGAGGCUCGAGACUUUCCAGGGUGCCCAGGGAAUUAGUGAAAAGGAUGUUGGCCACUUGUUUCGUCAUUAUGGAACUAAUUCUUUUGACAUUCCCGUACCCACUUUUACGGAGCUCUUCAAGGAGCACGCUGUAGCGCCAUUCUUCGUCUUCCAGAUCUUCUGCGUUGGUCUGUGGUGCUUGGAUGAAUACUGGUACUACUCUUUGUUCACGCUCUUCAUGCUGGUCGCUUUCGAAUCUACGGUAGUUUGGCAACGUCAGAGAACUCUGAAUGAGUUUAGGGGCAUGAGCAUCAAGCCAUAUCCUAUCUAUGUUCAUCGGAGUGGAAAAUGGAAGGAGAUCCAGUCUGACCAGCUUCUUCCCGGCGAUCUUGUGUCUGUUGGCAGGACUAAGGAGGACUCUGGUGUUGCCUGCGACAUGAUUCUUAUUUCUGGAACUGCAAUUGUCAACGAAGCCAUGCUUUCGGGAGAGUCAACUCCUUUGCUGAAAGACUCUAUUGCCCUUAGACCCUCCUACUCUGAGAUUGAUAUUGAAGGAACGGACAAGAACGCUAUCGUUCAUGGCGGUACCAAGGUUCUACAAAUUACACACAAUACUUCCUACCCCGAUGACGCCCCACUGGAAAAUACACCUGAUGUAAAACCCCCGCCGGAUGGUGGCGCUCUUGCUGUUGUCACUCGCACCGGUUUUGAGACCAGCCAAGGAUCCCUGGUCCGCACUAUGAUUUACUCCACUGAGCGUGUCUCUGCCAACAAUGCUGAAGCUUUACUGUUUAUCUUGUUCUUGCUCAUGUUCGCUAUUGCUGCGAGUUGGUACGUCUGGACCGAAGGUAUUCAGAAGGAUCGUAAGAGGAGCAAGCUCUUGUUGGACUGUGUUCUGAUUAUCACUUCUGUUGUUCCUCCGGAGCUUCCUAUGGAAUUGAGCUUGGCUGUGAAUACGUCUUUGGCAGCUUUGGGAAAAUACGCCAUUUACUGCACCGAGCCUUUCAGAAUUCCGUAUGCUGGAAGGGUUGAUGUUUGUUGCUUUGACAAGACUGGUACAUUGACUGGCGAGGAUUUAGUAGUCGAAGGUAUUGCUGGUUUAAAUGGCGGAAAGGCCGGGAUUGAGAAGCUCAAGAAGGUUGGAAAUGCCGGCAGAGAGACUACACUAGUUCUCGCUACCGCUCAUGCACUUGUCAAGCUUGAUGAGGGUGAAGUUGUUGGCGAUCCCAUGGAAAAAGCUACUCUCAACGCGCUCGGAUGGACCCUUGGAAAGAACGACACUUUAACAAGCAAGGCUACUAGCUCAGCUCCCGGGACUAGCUUCGCCGCCCCUGCAGGUAUUGUACAGAUCAAGAGACGUUUUCAAUUUUCAUCAGCAUUGAAAAGACAGAGUUCUGUUGCUUCGGUAUUACUCAACCAUCAGGGAAAGAAGAGUAAGGUUACCUUUGUCGGGGUUAAGGGUGCUCCAGAAACUGUCCGGAAUAUGUUGGUUGAAGUGCCUGCCGAUUACGAGGAAACUUUCAAAUGGUUCACUCGCCGCGGAUCUCGUGUGCUCGCUCUUGGAUACAAAUAUCUCUCUAACGACAGCGAGUGGGGCCAGAACAAACUGAACGCUUUGAAACGAGAGGAGGUUGAGCACAACCUGAUAUUUGCCGGUUUCUUGGUUCUGCAGUGCCCUCUCAAGGAUGAUGCGAAGAAGACUGUUAGGAUGUUGAACGAGAGCAGCCAUCGCGUUGUCAUGAUUACCGGAGAUAACCCCCUCACGGCCGUUCAUGUUGCAAGGGAGGUUGAAAUUGUUGAUCGUGAUGUUUUGAUCUUGGAUGCGCCUGAGGACGACAAAUUUGGAAAUAAUUUGGUGUGGAGGUCCGUUGAUGAAAAAACUAUUAUCCCGGUUGAUCCCAGUGACCCGAUUGACAAGGAGAUUAUUGCAACCAAGGAUAUCUGUGUGACUGGUUAUGCUUUAUCUAAGAUGCAAGACCAACCUGAUGUUGUAGAUCUGCUAAGACAUACCUGGGUUUAUGCCCGUGUCUCCCCCCUUCAAAAGGAGUUUAUUCUCAACGGAUUAAAGUCCGCAGGCUACACAACAUUGAUGUGCGGAGACGGUACAAAUGACGUUGGAGCAUUGAAACAGGCGCACAUUGGUGUUGCCCUCCUAAACGGAUCAGAAGAGGACCUCCGACGCAUCUCGGAUCACUACCGUACCACUAAAUUUAAGGAGAUGUAUGAGAAGCAAGUGCAAUUGACCAAGAGGUUCAAUCAAAUUCCACCACCGCCCCCGGGUGCGCAACAGGCUGCAAAGUUCGCGGAUAAGAUGAUGGCACAGGUGAUGGAGGCUGAGGAGGACUCUGAGCCACCGACCAUUAAACUUGGAGAUGCUUCAGUAGCUGCCCCAUUCACCAGCAAACUGGCCAACGUCAUUGCCAUCGCCAACAUCAUCAGACAAGGGAGAUGUACGCUCGUGGCUACCAUUCAAAUGUACAAGAUUCUGGCACUGAACUGCUUGAUCUCGGCCUAUUCUCUUAGUGUGCUUUAUCUCGACGGCAUCAAGUUUGGAGACGGACAAGUCACCAUUAGCGGCAUGCUGAUGAGCGUUUGUUUCUUGAGUUUGAGCCGAGCAAAACCCGUCGAGAAGCUCAGCAAGGAGCGCCCUCAGCCAAACAUCUUCAAUUUCUACAUCAUCGGAAGCGUUUUGGGACAGUUUGCCGUGCACAUUGUUACCUUGAUUUAUAUCUCGAAAUAUGUAGCCAGGGUUGAACCAAGAGACGAUAACGUCGACCUCGAAGGGGAAUUCACCCCCAGCCUCCUCAACUCCGCAAUCUAUCUCCUCCAGCUGAUCCAGCAAAUCUCCACCUUUGCCAUCAACUACCAGGGCCGACCAUUCCGCGAAUCCAUCAAGGAAAAUAAGGGAAUGUAUUGGGGCCUUAUCGGCGUUGCUGGAGUCGCCUUCUCCUGCGCAACGGAAUUCAUACCCGAACUCAACGAGAAGCUGAAGCUUGUCCCCUUCUCAAACGAGUUUAAAUUAAGAAUGACCACCGUCAUGAUACUAGACUUUGGCGUCUGCUGGGCCAUAGAGAAGUGCCUGAAGUUCCUGUUCAGCGAUUACAGACCGAAGGAUAUUGCCGUUAGGCGACCGGACCAGGACGCUGCUGAGUUAGAGAGAUUAGAGAAGGAGCUUGCGGAAGAGUUGAUUGUUCCGGUCAAGGAUGCCGGAAGGUAGAUUUGUGGGGGGAAUGGGUUUAAGUUCUUUCCUAGACUCUGCUUGCAUUUGUUGAGAGUCAUAUAUAAUUAGAGCUUUUGUCAAUGACAAGGGGUUUCGUUUUCAUUCUUUCUUGAUUCUUUCCUACUUUUUCUUCUUCAAUGUUUUCACCCCUUGUAACAUUAGUCUACAGGCCGUGACUGUGUAAAUAAUUAUCCGUCAAGUUAGUUGUGAGUGGGAGUGGGUUUAGUUUCUUAUAUUUUGACGCCU